CACCACAGCCAUCCAUACCGGCCGUCCCCUGGUCCUUACCCACACGACGACUUCCCUCUCCGUAAAACAGCGUCUGAGCCGAACAUCUGCCUGAAGGCGCGUCUCAAACAAAGGGUCAUAGAGAGGCGCUCGUCUCCUAUCACCAGGCGCAAGGACAAACCAGGCGUCAUCAAAAGACGCCUGCCACAUUCCGGUGUGGACAGCUGUUCCACCCCCGACAGUGGGCAGAGUUCUCCCCCUAACGGCAUCCCCACGUCACGGUCAUCCUCAGGGUCCACCCCCAUCAAUGAGGAACUUGGGGCAGGACAGACGAGCAGCGCCGCGUACAGCUCACUGGACGGGGGGAGUUCAGACCUGACGCUUUAUUCUUCCCCAUCUCUCCCCAACAUCUCUCUUGGGCGCCCGCCCCAUACGUCGCAACAGGACGGCAUGAAGCUGUCGAUGGUGUCAGAGGCUGACGGCCGAGGACUAUUAUUACUAUUACCAACAUUAUCAUUAUCGACGGACGGCAUGAAGCUGUCGAUGGUGUCAGAGGCUGACGGCCGAGGAGAGGAAGACGAGGCGUCAGCUGCACCCCUCCGCCGCGAGUUGUCCAUGACAGGGCACAUGUUGCCCUCCACCCUGCCAUACUACCCCUCCCUGCCUGUGUCCAUCCUGGAAGGCUCGUGCUACCCCACAGCGGCGCGGCUGUCGAUGGUCAUGCCAGGGAUGGACGGCGGCCACCACCUGCUCUCCCACGCCCACUACCCGCCCCCGCCCGCCGUGUCCAUCGCUGACGUCCAGGGCCGAAUAAACCGAAGUAUCCAGCGGCCACUGGGACGCACCCAGUCCGCCCCCCUGCCGCUGGGGCACCCUAUGCUGCAGGGGGGCAACCCCCCCGCCUUCCUUCCCCCCAGCCUGCAGUUCGACCCCAACCUUCCCCUGGAACACAACCUCGUCAAGCAGCACGUGCGCAAGACGGUGCUGACGCGCACGAGCAGCAAGUCGCACGUGGAGAAUGUCGAGGAGGAGACGGACGCUGCCGUGGCCCAGGCCAUCGCCCCGGACACGCGUGUCCCACUGCCCGCCCAGGACGUUGAGGCCGAGAAUUUGGUCGCCAAUGUGGAGCGCGUGAUGGAGCUGCCGAGCACCAUGCGCAGCUACGGCGGCCUCGAGAGCCGCCUCUCCAGAGCACCCAUGUCCCACAGAGAGAUACUCGCUGCCAGGCUUAGUGCUGCAGGUUCGUCUUCGAACAUCCCGCGUUCGGGCACUCACAUCGCCAGGCCGCUGUCUCGCGCGCAGAGCUCGCCUCUGGUCACGCUCAACGCGGUCGUUCAAGAACCACCGCAUUUUUCUAAUAAAAAGGGCGCGACGACUGGGUUUGCGUACGACAGCCUGAUGCAGAAACAUCAAUGCAUCUGCGGCGACAACUCGCAGCAUCCUGAGCAUGGGGGGCGCCUGCAGGCGGUGUACACUCGUCUGCAGGACACGGGGCUCUCGCUCGCCUGCCAUCGUAUACACGCCAGGAAGGCUACGCUUGAGGAAAUACGCUCGUGUCAUAGUGAAGCUCACACCUUACUUUUUGGCACAAGUCCCCUGAACCGGCAGUCGCUGGACAUGAGCAAGCUGGCCGAGUUGCCGCUGAAGAGCUUCGUGCGGCUGCAUCAAUUACUGGCAACGGGGGAGCUGCAGAACGGCUUCGCGCUCGUCAGGCCGCCCGGCCACCACGCAGAGCAACAGACCGCCAUGGGCUUCUGCUUCUUCAAUUCAAUCGCUAUCGCAGCGCGCCAGCUGCAGCACAAACUUAACGUCGAAAAAAUACUUAUACUUGACUGGGAUGUUCAUCACGGUAACGGAACACAGUCCAUGUUUUACGAUGACCCUCAUGUACUGUACAUGUCAUUGCAUCGUUACGAUGAGGGAUUGUUCUUCCCUGGUACCGGCGCUCCUCAAGAGGUUGGCGAAGGGGACGGGUAUGGGUUUAAUGUUAACAUCGCGUGGUCAGGAAGUUUGAACCCUCCGCUAGGAGACGCGGAGUACAUGGCAGCUUUCCGCACCGUUGUCAUGCCCAUAGCCAAGGACUUCAACCCCGACAUUGUGCUGGUGAGCGCUGGCUUCGAUGCAGCAGACGGACACCCUGGUCCCCUCGGGGGCUAUAAACUCUCCCCCGCAGGCUUCGCUUACAUGACCUCUCAACUCAUGACCCUCGCCAGGGGGAAGGUUGUGCUGGCCUUGGAAGGCGGGUACCACAUUCCCUCGGUGUGUGACGGAGUAGAGGCGUGUGUGAGAGCACUUCUUGGAGAACCUCUACCUCCUAUACCCGCCCGCCACACGCAACCCUGCCAGCCUGCCAAGGAUACGCUGCAUACCGUCAUCGCCAUACAGUCUGGUAACUGGCCGAAGCUGACCAGGCAGGCGGGGCUGGUGAACAUGACCGCGGCAGAGGCUGAGGGUCGGCAGGAGGAGCAAGACACGGUCUCCGCCAUGGCAUCGCUGAGGGUGAACACCUGCGCCGCUAUGGCCGCCGUCGCUGAGAGCGUCCUUGUGCAGGCCAACGCCGUGCGCCAGAUGAUCGUACCGCUGCCCAGUGGCCUGCCUCCCAGACUUACGCCGUCAUCGUCACCCUUACCCCCCACUCCUGAAAGACCAACGAUGGCGGUGACGGACUGUAUCCCGAUGGUGGGGGGCGACGAGCCUCGCGUCGUAUCAUCGCCUGUUGCUCCGCUACCAGACGAAGAAGAGCCCAUGGAAGAAGACCAGGUUCCGCUGCAACAAAAAUAAAUUAUUGUGAGCAGGACACGUAAUAAAGUAAAAAUUUGUUAGAUGGAGACUUAGUAGAAGUACGGUAUGAGGUUGGGAGGUAAUAAAAGCACACUUGUGAUCCGAGGAAGUCAAAUGUGUUACAUUCAUAAAUAAAAAAAACCCUAAUUACACGUAUUUUGCGAAACGGACAUUUAGCGGUAUUUGUUUCAUAUUAAUAAAGUACAAUAGGUAUUGAAUAAAUUUUAGUAACAGGUAGAUAUUGCAUCGGGAAAAUUAUGGCAAAUAUUUUAAGGUCCUGUUCAACUUCUUUUCCACUAGCUUAACACAAAAUGUGCAAUACGGAAUAAAAUUAUUUUUUUAGCAAUUGAUUCAUGACUUUUCCAACAUCUUACGCAAAAAAAUCAGCGAGAUUUGAUCCUAAUAGCGAUGUACAUUUUUCCUUUGUAUGGGUCAUCUACACCUAGUGUGGCCCGGAAAAGGAUAUAGCACAGUUACUCGCGGACAACAAGUCAUUAUUUUUACAUUAUGGUCCAAUCAUUUUUUUGAGUGCUUGUUAACACCAUGGACGUCUCAUUAGGCUUUGCAUUUUCUAAUUAUUUUAUAAUUGAUGUGACAAUAGCGCCUCCUUGUAUUGCGUUGGAGUUCUUCAGAGGCAUGAAUUAUCGAGGGUCGAGUGGACAAGUGUACCGAAAUGAUAAUGUAGCGCAUUUCAUGGACGGAAAUUUGGUGAGAAAAUAGCAUGCAGUAAUUCCAGAGCUAGUGAUUAGUUAUUGUGAUAGCAUUAGGUUGAGUGUGCGUGAAUUCAUGUUGGUUGGAACUCAACGACGGUGAAAGAAAAUGCAAGAGUUUUGGUGUUGUGUCUGUGAUGCGCAGUUUCCACUCAUGGUGUUUCCACGACAACUCGCUGUCCGUGUAUCCUCAACUUAAGUUUGUAACGGCAAACCAGCAAGAGAAAACGAAGCCUCUAAGGUACUUCUUAGUCUAAUAUUAAGGGUUAAGUUUGACCUUCAAUAGGAAUGCUCAAGUAGGUCUGCUUUCUGCUGCUAUCACUAACACCUCGGUUAGGAUAGACGUGUACCGUGAUACUCACCCUUACAAUAAAACUAUAUUCCCUUACCGGUCAACAAAGGUGAGCUUUCUUUAUGUAGGAACGACCGUUAGCAAAUAGUUGGUCUUGAGAUAAGUGAUGAAGUUCAUAACUUCACGUUCGCUAGUCAUCACUUGCACUGGAAAUAAUAAGCUAUUGGGACCUUCCGAAAAUAGGUGUUGAACCUUGUGCAAUCCACGUGUUUCAUGUUGCUUUGUAAGCAAUUUUCCGUUGCCCGUCUGUAAAUGUUUAACCUCAACAGCGUACUGAACACUGUACAUUGUACAAUAAUGUAUGAUGAAUGUCUAUGAAUAUCAUUAUUUUAGGCACGAAUAAAACAAGCGAGAAAACGUGCUUAUGCGGAACAUGACUGAUUUUUUUUGGUAAAGCUCAGCCCUUCGAUGAACUAAUCUUCAUGGUAUCCACGAGAAAUUGCUGGCAAUUUCUUCAAUUGGAAUAAACAAUUUAUGGAGGUAAUAAUUUAAGUGUUCGUUAGAAUAUGUUGGACGUACAAUUUUGUGCAGAUAAAUGUUGUGUAGAAAUUUCAUGUUGUUUUCCCUCCGACCAUAACACCCCUGUAGCCAAUUUGUGCUUUCUCUCGUGACCAUUAAAGAUAAAACUAAUUUCACGUACUUUCAACAAUGUUUAAUGCGCAAAUUUAUGCAUUCUAAUUUUCUUUUUUUUUUUCAAGGGAACGACUAUAUUUUACUGUUGAGAAACUCUCAGCCCGAUUGUGCGGUAAAUUGUUUACGUUAACUAUCAAGUUCACGUAUAAUUUUUGUAUUAUUUCACUUUUUCUCGUACGCAUGUGUGCUCUUAUCCUUUGAUUAUGAUGAGCUUAAAUUAGUGUGUGGAUUAAGGAAUAUGUUCUUCAACUUGGUGUCGAACGAUUUCGUUUUUUGUAUUGUAAAUAGUUUUUUGCGUUGUUAAAAGUAGGGUUUUUAAUAAGUUGUUGUUUAGGUGUUUUCUGUUAUGUGCAUUCUCGAGCAUUUGAGUUUAAAACGAGUGUGCUAGAAGAGUUCAUUCAAUGUUACUAAGUUUCGCAAACCUUCCGUUUGAAAUUGUGAUGCUUGGAUCAGCGUCGUGUAAGAUCGUCUCGCUAACAUUUACCCUUUUUUAUGAAUCUCUAAGUCGCUAUGAAUUGGCUUCUGUUUUGCCUAAUUCAUGCAAAUAUGUAUGGGCUCCUCUCGAGCCAAUCAUUCUGAUGUAUUAUGGCAACCAAUAGUUAUUAAAUUUAUCAAAGACCGAAACAUUUAAACCUUUCGGCGGUGACAGCCCGCCAUUUGACCCCUGUCUGUUGAGCAACGAGUGACCAUCGAUUUGUGCACACGAGUUGAUCCAAUUUUUAAUGUUCUAGAUUCAUCGUUACUCUUGAAAUCGUAGUUUAUAGACGUCGCUCAACAAUUGACAAUGGAUCUUUCGUCGCCAUGGAAGCUGAGGGCGCGUUGCUCAAGCUGUGUCUUUUUCUUAUUUUGUCGUGGCGAGUAUACCUACAGCCUGGAGUCCCAAAUUGUUGUGCUUGUAGUUUUACAUGUUGAUAGUAUUCGGGUUACGGUGUCCUACAUGAAGCCAUUCUACCUUAGAAGGAAAUGUAGAACACGUAUAAACUAUAGGGUUUAUUGCUUAAUUUAUCAAGAUCUCUGCUCGUUAGAUAUUUAGUUUUAUUUGAUUAUGUUUGAUUUGUGUACGGCUGACGCAUCUCAAUGUACAACUCUGUCCUGUCCUUUCUUGUGGAACAAAUUAUUGUUGUCCUGUGAGGCUUUUAUGGGAAUAAAUUUAUAAAAUAGUUUGUGAUUGUUGUUUAUGGCGUUAUGUGUGAUUCCAGAGUAAGUCAAAAGCGUACCAAGUAGGCUGUCCAUUAAGUUAAUAUUAAUGGUCGCGAUCAAUAUUGGUUGAAAUUCUUAGAUAUUUAUCAAAUUAUUUAUGCAUAGGAAAUCAGAUGAAGAUUAUAUAAUCCAUAAGUGUUUUCAGGAAUGUUCAUGGGCUUAGAAAUAUUUUUGUUAAGAAAUACAUUGAUAUAUUGUUA